GCCCAGGAGGCCCGGUUCUUGCACUGCUUUGGCAAUGGGGGUGGUUCUUGCUGCUUCCUCCCUGGUGCUCCUCCUGUUCUUCUCCCUUUGCAAGCCAGCAAGUGGCCUCCUCUCCCCCAAGGGUGUAAACUAUGAAGUUCAAGCUCUCAUGAUGAUCAAGAACUACCUCAAGGAUCCUCAUGGUGUGCUGAAGAACUGGGACCAAGACUCUGUGGAUCCUUGCAGCUGGACCAUGGUCACUUGCUCACCGGAGAACCUUGUGACUGGCCUAGAAGCUCCAAGCCAGAAUCUUUCUGGCCUACUCUCCCCAAGCAUAGAGAAUUUGAUCAACCUUGAGACAGUUCUUCUGCAGAACAACAACAUAAAUGGGUUGAUCCCAGCAGAGAUUGGCAAGCUAACAAAGCUCAAGACACUUGAUCUCUCCAGCAACCACUUCUCUGGUGAAAUCCCUAGCUCUGUGGGCCACCUUGAAAGCCUCCAGUAUCUGAGGCUUAACAACAACACAUUGUCUGGUGCAUUCCCUUCAGCAUCAGCUAACUUAUCACACCUUGUUUUCCUGGACCUGUCCUACAAUAAUCUGAGUGGUCCAAUCCCAGGGUCUCUGACAAGGACAUUCAACAUAGUAGGUAAUCCCCUGAUCUGUGCGGCAACCACGGAACAAGAUUGUUAUGGAACUUUACCGAUGCCGAUGUCCUACAGCCUGAAUAACACACAGGGUACUCUGAUGCCUGCGAAAACUAAGAGCCAUAAAGUUGCAAUUGCAUUUGGUGCAACAACUGGCUGUGGCAGCCUCCUUUUCCUUGCCGUUGGCUUGCUGUUCUGGUGGAGGCAUAGGCAAAAUCGGCAAAUUCUUUUCAAUAUUGAUGACCAACACAUAGAGAACGUUAACCUCGGAAACAUGAAGAGGUUUCAGUUCAGAGAGCUCCAGGCUGCAACAGAAAAUUUCAGCAGCAAGAACAUAUUAGGAAAGGGCGGCUUUGGAAUCGUUUACCAGGGGCAUCUCCCAGAUGGAACUCUUGUAGCCGUCAAGAGGCUCAAAGAUGGUAAUGCCGCAGGCAGGGAAGCACAGUUUCAGACUGAAGUCGAGAUGAUCAGCUUGGCGGUGCACCGGAACCUUCUCAGGCUCUACGGAUUUUGCAUGACUGCCAGCGAGAGGCUACUGGUCUAUCCAUACAUGUCAAAUGGAAGUGUUGCAUUGCGCCUGAAAGGUAAGCCACCACUGGACUGGAUCACCAGAAAGAGGAUAGCUCUUGGGGCAGCACGAGGUCUAUUAUACCUGCACGAGCAGUGUGACCCCAAGAUCAUCCAUAGGGAUGUAAAAGCAGCAAACAUACUGCUUGAUGACUACUGCGAAGCAGUCGUCGGAGAUUUCGGGCUUGCAAAGCUCUUGGACCACCAUGACUCGCAUGUCACCACAGCCGUGAGGGGCACCGUUGGCCACAUUGCCCCAGAGUACCUCUCCACCGGCCAGUCGUCUGAGAAAACCGAUGUCUUUGGUUUCGGAAUCCUGCUGCUGGAGUUGAUCACCGGCCAGACCGCACUGGAGUUUGGAAAGUCAUCAAAUCAGAAGGGAGCCAUGUUAGACUGGGUGAAGAAGAUGCACCAAGAGAAGAAGCUGGACAUACUAGUGGACAAGGACCUGAAGAGUAACUAUGACCGCAUUGAUCUGGAGGAGAUGGUGCAGGUAGCACUGCUAUGCACCCAAUACCUUCCUAGCCACAGGCCUAAGAUGUCAGAGGUGGUCAGGAUGCUUGAAGGCGAUGGGCUAGCAGAGCGGUGGGAGGCGUCGCAGAGCACCGAGUCUCACAAGUUCAAGGUGCCCGAGUUCAGCUUUGGCCGCUGCUACUCCGACCUUACGGAUGACUCAUCAUUGCUGGUGCAGGCAGUCGAGCUCUCUGGGCCGAGAUGA